UUUAGAGGCGUGGGAAGGUGCACGGAGAACAAGUGCACGAUAAUGAAAGAUAAGAGUUUUGAAGAAGGGUUAACUUGUUGAUAAGCAUACAUUUUUGAAGAUGAUUUGAGAGAGAAAGUUCCUUUCUAGAUUCCUCUCAGGAUGAGUGCCAACAGCUCCAGCCUGGUUGACGAUGCACAGCCCCUGCUCAUUCUUCCUCUGGCACUGGUCAUCUUCCUCACGGUGAUUGGAAACCUGCUGGUCAUCCUGGCUAUCGUUCGCACCCCUCUGCUCCACUCCACCACCAACGUCUUCAUCAUCUCCCUGGCCUUCGCGGAUCUCAUCAUGGGUUGUGUGGUCCAGCCUUUGGGCGCCAGCAUGGUGGUCAGCGGGAAAUGGCAUUUAGGUGACAAGUUUUGCGACUUUUGGACGUCCAUGGAUGUGCUUUGCGUCACGGCCAGCAUAGAGACGUUAUGCGUCAUCGCCAUUGAGCGCUAUGUUGCGGUCACAAGACCUUUUGAGCAUAAGGUCCUCCUUGGGAAGCGCAGAGCUGGCUACAUCGUCUGCACAGUGUGGAUGGUGGCGGCCCUAGUUUCCUUCGUGCCAAUCAUGAACCAUUAUUCUCGUGCAGAUUAUGAGGCCGCAAAUGAAUGUUACAAUAAAUCAGAAUGCUGUGAUUUCCAUACGAACAAGACCUACACCAUCUUCUCCUCGGUGGUGUCCUUCUACGUGCCCCUAGUUAUUAUGGUGUUUGUUUACGGGAAGGUGUUCGUCAUCGCGACCAGGCAGCUGAAACUCAUCGAUAAGGAUAGACUCCGCUUUCUGAGCACAAGCACAGAAGACUCUUGUGAAAAUCCAAGUGAAACGGUACGUAACUUGAGCCGGAGAUCAACGAGGCAUGUCGUGAAAGAACACAAGGCGCUCAAGACGCUGGGGAUUAUUAUGGGCAUCUUCAUUCUCUGUUGGCUGCCCUUCUUUUUCUUCAAUAUCAUCAAGGUUUUUGAUCCUCUAGUGCCAUCACGGGAUGUGUUCCUCCUGUUGAACUGGCUCGGCUACACCAACUCGGGCCUGAACCCAAUCAUCUACUGCCACAGUCCCGAGUACCGUAACGCCUUCCUCAAUCUUCUAGGGUUAAAACAGCUCAAGGGGUUAAAUCGCAACACAGUGCACAAACAUCUACGGACCCUCAGCUCAUGUAUCCAAAGCAACAGUUCUGUAAAAAUGGAUCGCUUAGGUCAUGAAGAUCCAUCUGCAAAGGGUGGGAACGUUUGCUCUGACACGUGUACAGUUUUCAAAGAACAAGAGAUGGAAACUCAGCCUCACAAUGACUCGAAUGUGGCACGGAUCAAUGUGGCAGAGAUGUUAAAGGGCCACUGAAGAUGGAAACAGAUCCUAUGCUUUUCAAGAGAAUUAACUGUACUCGAACGUCAUGCUUUUCAACUGGACCUUGACUGCAUUUCAUUUAAACCAUGUGCACAGCCAGAUCCUUGGGAAAAAUGAUAUCGAGAACAAACCGUGACAUAAAAAUGAUUACGCAGUGACAGCUUUUUGAACUAUAAACAAAAUGAAAUUGGAAGUUGUCGUAAACUGUCAAACCAUCAAAAAACAAAUCUGUUGUGUGGAUUUUUUUUUUCUUUUUCCAGUUCAAUCCAGAUUAAUUGGAAUGCAUAAUGCAUAUGAUUAAUGUCCAAAAUGUGAGUAAAAAUUUCCUUUGUUGAUUAAAUAAAUGAGAGAGUCACCUGCACAUUGGCCGGAAACAUAAUUAUGGAAUAGUACAACUGUGGUGUUUGUAGUGCUGCCCUUGAGUCAUAUAGUUAGAUCAGAUAUUUUCUUCAUCAUUGCAAAGAGCUCCAAAAAGUACAGAAUCUUGUUUCCGGCAUGAGAUAAAAAAAUAAAAAUAAAUAAAUAAAAAGGUUAUUGUGAUUUUUGUUUUCUCUCACAAUUCUGCAAAAUAUAAAUUUGGAAUUGCGAGAUAUAAACUAAGAAUUCAGAUUUUUAUUUAUUUUUUUCCUGAUUUUACAUUUCACAAUUCUGACCUUUUUUUGUUUCUGCCAUGGAAUUAAAAAAAGUAAUUCUGACUUUUCUUCUCAGAAUUUUGAGUUUAUAUCUCUCAAUUGUAAGUUCACAUCUCACAAUUGUGACAUAUCUUACAGUUAUGACAUUUUUUUGUAAUUGCGAGUUAGCAUCUUACAAUUCCAUCUUCUUAGAGUUUGCGUUUAUCUCACAAUUCUGAGUUUACAUCUCACAAUUGUUUUUUCGCCACAGAAUAAACAAAUAAAAAAGUUAAUCAACUUUUUUUUACAAUUGCGAGUUUUACAUCUUACAAUUUUUCUUCUCAGAAUUUCUAGUUUAUCUCUCACAAUUCUGAGAAAAAAACACAUCUGAAUUAUGAAAUUUAAUAUCAGAAUUGCAAGAAAAAAAAAAAAAAAAAAAAAAAGUGUCAAAAUUGUGAGAUUAAAGAGUCACAAUUAUCUAUCUUAUCCCGUAGAGGAAACAAGCUUCCAUUAAAAAAAAAAAAAAAAAAAACUCAAUUCAAACGGUCUACUAAAGUAAACCCCUCCAAACUUGUAAUAAACCACCAGAAUGACUGCCCAAAAACAGACAUAUAAUUCCAUAAGUCCCCCAUCCAAAAAUAAAAUCCAAAUUGCAGUUUCAUGACUGGAAGGAAAUAAUUAUGCUACUUUUUUCUCAAUUCACCUGCCAUCAGUAGGUGUGGCGAAGCAUUAAUUUUAGAUGCUACACAACUCUGGAGUGGGUCUGCUUGAUAUUUCACUGGCUUGUAUCACACAUCUGAGCAUCUGUUAGAUUUCAACACUUCAACAUCAAGCAUACAGCCAAGACUAACACAGAGCCAAAGCUUAUGGCUUAUAAAUAUUCAACUCUUGCCAAACAAAUCUUGACAUUGAACGGUUGCACGUCUGAGUGUUUGGUUUGGGAUAUUGGUGUUUUGCUAAAAUGUUAAUGCAUCGUGGCAUCAGUGCGCUUGGCGGUGAGGACAAGCUCACAUUCAUCUUCUGAUCAGAGCACUGCGAGUUGCCUUUACUCGCUUCUUUGAUCCUGACAGAAAACUUUUAUCCUAGUGAAAAAAACCUUGUCCAGAAAAUUGAAACAGAAUGAAUAAAUGCAUGCACUUCAUAAUAUAUUUACAAAACAUUCAGGUACUACAUGUUCAAAGCAGUGCCUUUUUCAUGUAUCUUCAUACUUUAUGAAUUCAAAUCAAUGCCUUCACAGGGGAACUGAGUCAUUUUAAUUGGUCUGUUCUCUCUGCUUGUCGUCGUCAUGUCCUGUGGAAAACAUCAAAUGCAUUAUUUUGAUGAAGCUCGACUUCACGACAAUUCAAAUAGUAGACACAUUGUAAUUAACUGCACAUUCACAAAAGGUCAGAACAUUGUGUGAAACUGCUGCGUCAGUCUUUCAAAGACUGUUGUUCUGGCACAUCAGUCUGAGAUGAGUAUCCCGAGGUUUUACUUCAAAAUGAGAUGCAAAAACCUGCCAAUUUGGAGGCAAUUGCAAACUUGAUUCUUAUACUGUCAAUCAAUAUGAGGACCUGAUAUAAAAAAUUUAAUACUUUUUCCUGCAAAUUAAUUUUUAGCUUCUGCAGGUAAGGUAAGGUUCAUGCAAACUAGGCUAUUAUGCUACUGUUGUUUACUAUGAACAAAGCACCAGCUGAAGGAACACAGGAUUUGAUAUUUGUUAAGUCUGAAAUGGCGUACUAUCAUUUUACUCAUACUAUUUAUAAUUUCAUACAUUUAUGAAAUGUUACAAUGCAUGUAUAAUGUUACAAAAGAUUUCUAUUUCAAAUAAAUGCUGUUCUUUUGAACUUUAUUCAUUAAGGAUUCCUGAAAAAAACGCAUCAUGGUUUCUACAAAUAUGUGACCCUGGACCACAAAACCAGUCUUAAGUCGCUGGGGUAUAUUUGUAGCAAUAGCCAAAAAUACAUUGUAUGGGUCAAAAUUAUCCAUUUUUAUUUUAUGCCAAAAAUCAUUAGGAUAUUAAGUAAAGAUCAUGCUCCAUGAAGAUAUUUUGUAAAUUUCUUACCGUAAAUAUCAAAACUUAAUUUUUGAUUAGUAAUAUGCAUUGCUAAGAACUUCAUUUGGACAACUUUAAAGGUGAUUUUCUCAAUAUUUAGAUUUUUUUGCACCCUCAGAUUCCAGAUUUUCAAAUAGUUGUAUCUCGGCCAAAUAUUGUCCGAUCCUAACAAACCAUGCAUCAAGCUUAUUUAUUCAGCUUUCAGAUGAUGUAUGAAUGUCAAUUUCGAAAAACUGACUCUUAAGACUGGUUUUGUGGUCCAGGGUCACAUAUAUUAACUGUUUUCAGCCCUGAUCAUAUCAAGAUACAUUAUUAUUACUACAAUAUUACUAUUUUAUACUUUUUUAUAAUAUUACUAUUUUUACUAUAAAAUAGUAAACUAUAAAAAAAAAAA